AGUGUGUCAGUAGGAGUGGCCCAGGCGCUGGCUGCCUGCUUUGCAUGAACCGUGGACUCCCCAAGUCAGCGGCUGCAGCUCGGAUAUUUCCUGUCAGACAGAUCCGGAGCCGAGCCGAGGCAAGGGCGGAGGAGAGAGAGUGAGGGAUGGCAGAGAGUAGCUCCGAGACGAGCGGCUCCGUUCACCGGAGAUGUGUGGCCCAUUCAUCGGCGGCGGAGAGGAACAUGUCACCGGGCGUCGGGGCUUCGAAGUGGAUCCGCCUGAACGUCGGGGGCACGUAUUUCCUAACGACGAGACAGACGCUGUGUCGGGAUCCCAAAUCGUUUCUGUACAGACUGAGCCAGGCUGACCCCGAACUCGACUCCGACAAGGAUGAAACUGGUGCCUAUCUCAUAGACAGAGACCCAACAUACUUUGGACCAGUGCUUAACUACUUGAGGCAUGGCAAACUGGUGCUCAACAGGGACUUGGCAGAGGAAGGUGUGUUGGAAGAAGCCGAAUUCUACAACAUUACAUCAUUAAUAAAGCUCCUCAAGGACAAGAUCAGGGAACGCGACUGCAAAACAUCACAGGUUCCGGUGAAACAUGUAUAUCGGGUGCUGCAGUGCCAGGAGGAGGAGCUGACACAGAUGGUUUCUACCAUGUCGGACGGCUGGAAGUUUGAACAGCUUGUCAGUAUAGGUUACGGGCGGGCCCGCCAGUCAGAGUUUCUGCUGAUUGUGUCAAGGGAGGUGAAGGGAGAAGAGUCUGCUUUGCCAAACAACAGCGGAGAGCUGGUCAGCAUAGGCUCCUCUUACAACUACGGAAACGAAGACCAAGCCGAGUUCCUGUGUGUAGUCUCCAAGGAGCUGCACAAUCAAUCAUACGGGACAAACAGUGAGCCCAGUGAGAAGGCUAAGAUUCUUCAGGAAAGGGGUUCCCGGAUGUGAAGAAGACUUAGUAUUAUGAGCUCCAGGUGUUAAGAGGAAAACAUAUCACCUCAGUGGAAGAACGUCGGGCACAAUGGAGAUUUAAAGGGGGGUUGUACAUUUAUGUUGUUUUCCCCUCCACCCUUAUUUUUAUUUCUUGAUGUAAAUAAGUCUGUUUACUGACAAUUUGUGCCUGUACACUUAAACUGGACGUUUUUGAAUUUGCAGUAAGUUUUUUUUUUUUUUUUUCUAAUUGAGAUUAUGGAAUAGCAAUCUACACAUUUUUUUAUGCUAUAAAAAUGGCCGUCAUCAUAUAAGGCCAAUGAUUCACUCAGGGUCAUCUGUUGAAUUAAUUCUCCUCUCCAGCUCCAGGGUCUGGUAAGGGAUCAGUAUGGUCUUUAUAACUCAAAACUAUCAACUCAAAAUUCAUUGUUUAAAGAGGCUAAGAAGGGAAUUGUGCAUUUAUUUAGUGCAUGUUAGAGAGUCCUGCUAUUAAAUGUGAACUUCACCCCGAAAACCGUUACACUGAGAUUUGUGAUCAUGAGGAUCCGAACCACACGACCCGCAUUUUGUCGGCUGUAGUUGAGAGCUGGCAUUUUACUUCGAAUAAUUUUUUUCCUCAGUAACUGUUAAUGGUCAGAAAAAUAUGUCCCUGUGAUCUGCCUGCAGUGCUGAAGGGGCAUUCGGUCAUUUAUCACGUACAGGUCCUUUUAUUGGUGAUGAUAAAAUGACCUUGAAUGAAGUGACGUCCUGUUUUCACAGAUUAAAUAAGCUCACCCGAGAGGGACAACAGAUGCAGGACACUACUUUUUUUCAUUCACUUUCUUCAUUGCAACCUUAGUAAUAACCCAACUACCCACUGAUAAGGUCAUUGUGAGGUCAACCAAUUAUUACAUUUCCAGGAAGUCCACUUAUUUGUACUGUAAGGGUCGAACUUUUUUAAAGUAUUGUAGACGCAAAUUCAAAAUAUUGCUUCAGCUCCUGCAAAUGCAGAAUUAUCAGUUGUGUAAAGAGCGAAAGAUUCAAUGUUGUAAAAGUGCAAGUUUAUAUCAAUCUUCCAAGCCUGUAGUUUGGUUUGGGACCUCAUGGUCAUAAAUCUGAAGUUAACAGCCAAAAACAAAUAUCAAAGGUUUUUUCAUAAAAAAAAAAAAAAAAAAAUUUAAUGUGAGGUUUUUUAACAUAUGUGUCCACCAAUAAUUUCCUGUUUACUGUGUGGGGGGAAAACACAGCCUUGAGACGAGGAGGUGUUUUUUAGAUUUUUCCCACUGACCUCAGAGUUUUCCUUUUUUAAUGGCUUGUUUCGUAUGUUUGGGGAACAUCUUGUUUGUGAUUUCUUUUUCUUUUCCGAGGGGAAUUAUUUGUUGUGUUUGAGGGUUUGGGGACUGGAACUGUUUGAAGGCGGUGGCGAAGGACUCUCUGUUCAUAUCCAGAGGAUUUUUCUUGUUUUGAUGUAAAUAAUCCAAAUUCAAUAUUAAUAUUUAACUCUUAACAGAAAAACUGCACGUUUUGUACACUGUAUAGAAAACACAACUUGAAAAUGGAAGUUGUUUAUACUGGAUCUUUAAAAAAAAAAGAGAGAAAGAAAAUCUGAAUAAUGUUAACUUCUGUUUUGCAUUGUUUGUACAGCACUAGAGAUUUCCAAGUUUAGGGUUGAAACGGCUGUUGCUGACUACGGUGUCUUUCACUGAGAACAUACCUGGAACAUGUUUUGAUAACCAAUAACAAAGCUAUACUUGGCUGGCUAUGAAGUUGACUGUUACAUUUGAAAAAAAAAAAAAAACAUGUAUUUUUUUCCUGCAGUGGUAUAGAUUCUUCUAAGCAUUUUGAAUUGUGUAGAUUUCGUACACAGCAUUACAUCCACUACAGUGAAAAACCCCACUGUGCACAUUGCUUACAGCCUGUAAUGUUAAUGUAAAUACUGCAUUUUAGAACACUUCUCUUUUUUUUAUAUAGAAAGCUUUCAGGUUUGAUGUGUUUUUAUUUUAUUUUUUUUGAUAGGUUGGAUAUUUCAUUCACAAAUAAUCAUUUAGUGUUGCCUUUAUCCCGACGACCAAAAUCCAAUGUCUUAUGUGUAUCGCACACAUUGAUCUUAGUGUCAGGGACGAGGUAACUUUUCUUAAUGCUGGCACACUUUGUACAUAUAGACUUGUUAACGACACACAAACCUCCAUUUACUCACAUAUACACUUGACUUAAAACGAUUUUUAUAUUGUCGGGUAAACUAGUAUGGAUGCAUGUUUUUGAUAUAGACUCACACACACACACACACACACAAGGGCUUUUAAAGUGCAAAAUUUGAGAUCUGCAAAGAAAGUAGACUGGAUUUCCUGCCAGGGCUAGGCUAUGUUUACAUUUGCUAUGGUGUUUUAAAGCCUUCCAAAUCUGUACCGUCUUGCACUCCCUCACACACGUUAACAUACUUGUGUGACCGCACCAGGGGCAACUCGUGCACCCCGCUCCACGUGAACUGAUCCCCACGCAGACAUUUUUAAAGAUACUCCAUCCAGUUCUGACAGCCUGGGCUUGAGCGUUGCAGACAAUCUUGAGUUUUCGCCCUCUCUCCGACGGCAAAGUUGCUCACUUUUAAUAGGAUGAAACUGUGUUGUUUCACGGCUAAGAUAUAUCUGGGUCUUGUUUGGACUUUUUUUUUUUCUGCAAUGGGAUUUUAAGUGUUACAUGUUUUAAUUAGCUUGUUUUACUGGUAAAAACGAGUUGUCUGGAUGAGCAUUCGGCGUUGGUAAUCAAUUCACGUGAUGGACAAACUUAUCAUAACUGUAGCCUAAUACUUUUCAAAGUGCCCAGUUUGUUUUCCAAUCAAGUUACUAGCCACAGACCACUGUCAUGCAUGAUUGAAGAUCACACUUGUAAUCAUAGGGAAUGAUUGUGUCAUUUUUCCUCAAUCUAACAGAUACAUCAAUGAAUAAGGUUCUCAUAUCACACAUGGAUCACUUCUAUACGAUCUUAUGCAAUGUUAGAAAUGUACAAACUAAGUAUGAGAUUAAGGGGAUAGAUCUAUAUGGUCAUACAUAAGGUAAACACAAUAAAAAUGUUGUCAUUCAA